AUGUCCAAGACCAUUGCUAUUAUAGGAGUUACUGGAGCCCAGGGAGGAUCUGUGGCUCAAACAUUCCUCCAGCUCCCCGGGUGGAAUGUCCGUGGCGUCACACGGAAUCCCGAAGGAGAGUCUGCGAAUCGUCUCAAGUCCGAGGGCGUUGAGAUCGUUCAAGGCGAUCUCGAUGACAAGCAAUCAUUGAUUCAGGCAUUCAAUGGUGCUCACGUCAUCUUCUCCAACACAGACUUCUUCACCCAUCUACAGCAGGCAAUGGCCCAGCCCGAUAUAACCAAGGACCGGACGAAGCUCGAGUACUCCUACGAUCGAGAAGUCGCCCAAGGCAUUAGAAUUGCAGAAGCAGCAGCGGACCCCUCGGUCAUCAAGACUCUGGAGCGCUUCGUCAUGUCGACGCUUAGCCAUGCCACCAAAUGGAGUGGUGGGAAGUACGCAAAGGUCUAUCAUUUCGACAGCAAAGCCGCAAUGAUCAAGGCUACUGAAGAACGCUUCCCGGAAGUAGCAGCUAGAAUGAGCACCGUGACUAUUGGGCACUACGUCACAGUCUGGAAGCUUUUUGACAAGCUCGGUCCCAAGCUUCAGCCAGACGGUAGUUACUUGAUGUCCAGAACCACGCCGCCGGAUUUCAAGAUGCCAUUCAUCGUCACAGAGCGGGAUACAGGUAGCUUUGUCAAGGCCUUAGUUGACCUGCCACCUAAGAAACAUAUUCUGGGCGUCUCGGAGGAGAUGACCUUGCCUAAAUGGGUGGAGAUAUGGGGGCGUGUUAAUGGAGUGAAGGCUUCGUAUAAGGAGAUUUCACGAGAGGAACUGUUCGAAGGCGUUCCGGAGGACUUUUCCAACGAGAUCGGGGAUGCUUUCGAUUACUUCCAUGAGUUUGGUUUGUCUGGUGGGGAUCCAGCAGUGUUGCGUCCAGACCAGCUUGGAGUUAAAAUUCCGCUCACCUCGAUGGAGGAGUAUAUCAGAAGUGAAGACUGGUCUACAGUUAUUCAGUAA